AUGGCGACGUCCUACGAAGCAUGGGACAAAUACGAUGUCGACAAGGUGAUGCAGCAGCUCGAUGAAGCGGACGCCAGGGAAGAAAAACUCAAGAAGAAGCAAGAGUUCCUGAAGAAGAAGGACAACGUCGUGGACGAGGCGGGGGAUUCCGCGGAGGUGUUAGCAACACGUGCAGCAGUUGCGGCAUUGAAGGCUAAACGGCUCGCCGACCGAAACAACAAGAAGAAUGCCGACCGAGGAGGCAUCUCAGUAGUAAUGGACAGCAACAGCGUCGUGGCUGUGCUUGAAAAGCAAGCAGGUUUGCUGCAGCGAAAGAGUUCGAGCAUCCAGACGGCGAUGCGGUCCCGUGGCCAAGCAAGUGCAUUCCUCACCAAGAAUCAAGCGACAGAUGCUCUGGCAUCGUACCGCGAAGCGCUUCGGGCGGUCGACGAGCUCGACAACGUUAUUCCACAGCUCGAUGUCAUUGAAACCGAGAUCGAACAAACGUCCAAGUUGCUGCAACAACAACCAAACAAUCUAUCCAAUUCUGGUGGACCCGACCACCACGCUUGCAGCGGUCCUUGCAACCACUCUGCUCCGCAGAACACUCCUGUAGGUCCGCCAUCGCUUCCCAAGAGCUCCGACUUGAAAGGCAUUGCGAAGAUGCUUCGAGUAGACUGUUUGAUAGGCAUCGGCAUGUGCCACAUGGAGCGGUGCCAUUACGCGUCGGCAUCCGAGUCGUUUCGAGAUGCGAUUCUGAUCAACGGUGACAACUUGGAAGCGUGGAGGCUGCGCGCAGCCGCGUUUUCUCGAAUGGGUGCACCGCUCAUUGCCCUGCUUCACUGGAACAAGGUGGUUGCCGUGGAAGGCGAAGCUGGCGACGCACAAAAGGAGCUCGACUCGCUUGAAGCUGAGCUCAUCGAACCAACCUACACCGAUGACGACGUGUACUCGACGGCCAUGGCGUACUUGAAUCGCGACGCAUUGGAUGAAACGCUGGCUCGCAUGCUCCUGCUCCGCCAUGAAGCAGACGUGAUCAUGGUCGAAGGGUUCUACACGUACUCGAUCCACAAGUACCGUGCGAUCCUGGACACUCUGUCCAAGGUCUUGGCAUCGACGCCCCAUCUGCAUCAUCCCGCCCUCGAUCAACUGCGUUUGGCAUGUCAUGUCAACAUCGCGAGUGGGUACUUGGACAUGCAGAAGAACCUCCCGGCAGCAGUCAACCACUGUUUGGCCGCGCUGGAUAUCGAGCCUGCUGUUAUCGCGGUCCGCUACCGACUCGGGCACGCCUACCGCCUCCUCGGCAAAUACGACCUAGCGACGCAGGAGCUCCAGAUGGCGCUGCGGGUCGCGAGCACUGCAGCGCCGUCGCCAGAGGGAUCCACCACACUCAAGACGAUUUCGACGGAACUGGACCGGGUCGAGUUUGACAGGUCCGAACUCGACCUACACUCGAUUCAACGUAAUCUCAAAUCGCUUUCGUGA